GAUAUGAUCAAGGACUUGAAGUCUGAGCUCUCUGGAAACUUUGAAAAGGCAAUCCUGGCUAUGAUAAAAGCACCAGCUCUAUAUGAUGCGUACGAGCUCCGCGAAUCAAUGAAAGGUGCUGGCACAGAUGAGGAAUGUCUUAUAGAGAUUCUUGCAUCUCGGUCAAAUAAAGAGAUACAUGAAAUCAACAGCGUGUACAAAACAGAGUUUAAGAAGACCCUAGAGCAAGCAUUGAAGAGUGACACUUCUGGCCACUUUGAACGGCUACUAGUUUCACUAUGUCAGGGUAACAGAGAUGAGAGUAGUAAUGUGGACAUGUCCCUGGUCCAGCGCGAUGUACAGGAGCUGUAUGCAGCAGGAGAAAAACGCCUGGGCACAGAUGAAUCUAAAUUUAAUGCCAUCCUUUGUACACGUAGUAGAGCACACCUGAACGCAGUAUUUUAUGAAUACCAGAGAACAUACAGCCGAGAGCUGGAGAAGAGCAUCUGCCGGGAAAUGUCGGGGGAUCUGGAGAGGGGCAUGCUUGCAGUGGUAAAAUGCCUUCGGAACACUCCAGCAUUUUUUGCAGAACGACUCAACAAAGCGAUGAAGGGUGCUGGGACAAAAGAUAAAACCCUGAUUCGUAUCAUGGUCUCCCGUAGCGAGGUAGACUUGCUGGACAUCCGCCAGGAGUACAAGAGGCUGUAUGGCAAGUCGCUGUACACAGAUAUCACGGAAUGGUUGUUUGGGAAGGUAGUGAUGAGGAUGCAUGGACAGGAAUAG